AUGCCAAGGUGUAACAUACCAAGACCCUGGCCUCGGUGUGGUGCCUGUAUAGUCUUGCAUGCCCAAUGCCCUCCACGGUGUUUCUUUGCUCCGUACUUCAGCCAUGAGGAAGGAUCUAUUGACUUUUCUGUCAUCCAUAGAGUUUUUGGUGUCAGUAAUGCCUCUCUUCUUCUGUACCGACUUCCGGCAAGAGAUCAGUCAGAGGAAGCUGUCUCACUUACUAUUGAAGCUUUAGCUCGGCUUCAAGAUCCCGUCUAUGGCUGUGUAUCUCACACUUUUGCCCUUCAGCAGCAGGCAAAUCUCUCGAUUAGUUUAUGGGGAGAUGCAUUAUUGACUGCAGCCUAUAUUCUUAACCGUGUUCCAAGCAAGUCCGUGCCUUCUACCCCUUAUGAGUUUUGGACUGGUAGAAGUCCAAACUUGGAUCACUUGCAGCCUUGGGGAUCAGAUGGAUAUGUUCAUAGCACGUCCCACAGGUAUGGAAAACUUAGACCAAGAGCCAGUAAGAAGGUGUUGAUUCGGUAUCCUACGGGUUCAAAAAGGAUACGUCAUGUAUGGUGA